AUGGGCUGUGUGCAAAGUUUCAGGGAGUUGUGUGACCGUCCGAAAAACACCAACGUCCGUGUGAGUCUUCCAAUAGUGUGUUUUGUGUGGCAGACGGCAAUGAUCAUCUUGUUUGGGGUGUUUGUUCGUUACAACGAGGAAUCGGAUACACACUGGAUCGAGCACCGAAAGGCUAAGAAUAUAUCAAGUGACAUUGAGAACGACUUCUACUUCAGAUAUCCCAGUUUCCAGGAUGUCCACGUCAUGAUCUUUGUUGGAUUUGGCUUCUUGAUGACAUUUCUCAAGAAGUACAGCUUCGGCGCCGUGGGUUUCAACUUCCUCAUCGCUGCCUUCGGCCUCCAGUGGGCCCUGCUCAUGCAAGGCUGGUUCCACUCUCUGGACUACAGCGAUGGGAAGAUCAAAAUCGGAGUGGAAAAUCUGAUCAAUGCGGACUUCUGUGUGGCCGGCUGCUUGAUUGCGUAUGGAGCAGUGCUGGGUAAAGUCAGUCCAGUGCAGCUGAUGGUCAUGACUCUGUUUGGCAUCACACUGUUUGCUGUGGAGGAAUAUAUCAUCCUUGACAUCAUACACGCCAGAGAUGCUGGAGGCUCCAUGGUGAUCCACACAUUCGGAGGUUAUUAUGGUCUGUCCAUCUCGUGGAUGCUCUAUCGGCCAAACCUGGACCAGUGCAAUCGACUGCAGGGCUCCGUCUACCACUCGGACGUCUUUGCAAUGAUCGGGACCCUCUUCCUGUGGAUGUUCUGGCCCAGCUUCAACUCCGCCGUCACAGACCACGGGGACGGGCAGCACCGAGCGUUCAUCAACACCUACCUGGCUCUGGCCUCGACCGUGCUCACGGCCGUGGCCAUCUCCAGCCUCAUCCAGAAGCAUGGCAAACUGGACAUGGUUCACAUCCAGAACUCGACUCUGGCUGGAGGCGUUGCAGUGGGAACAGCAGCAGAGUUCAUGCUGAUGCCCUACGGAUCUCUGAUCGUAGGAUUCUGCUGCGGUAUCCUCUCCACCCUGGGAUACGUCUACCUCACGCCCUUAAUGGAGAAGUACCUAAAGAUCCAGGACACAUGUGGCAUCCAUAACCUCCACGCCAUGCCGGGAGUCAUAGGUGGAAUCGUAGGAGCCAUUACAGCGGCGGCGGCGACCAAGUCAGUUUAUGGUGCUGAAGGGCUUGCUAACACCUUCGACUUUGAGGGAGCUUUUAAAGACACGAAACCCACUCGACAGGGUGGUCUCCAAGCCGCGGCCCUCUGUGUGGCUAUCUGCUUCGGGAUAGGCGGAGGCAUCAUCGUCGGUUGUAUCUUGAGACUACCGAUCUGGGGAGAUCCAGCAGAUGACCACUGUUUUGAUGAUCAGCACUACUGGGAGCUUCCGGAGGAGGAGGAGGAGAGCAUCCCCACGGUCCUGCAGUACAACAACCACCACGCGCACAACAAAGAUAUAGCAGCGGUGUCAAAUUUCACCAUUGAGCAGAACUGA